AUGGAACUUAGUCUUAAGCACCAACUUGGCCUUGUUUGUGUCAUACUGCUCUUUCCUGCACUGUGUUACUGCAAGCAAUAUACCGAGUCCAGAGCAACCUAUUAUGGUACCCCUGAUGGUUAUGGAAAUCCAAAUGGAGCUUGUGGCUUUGGCGAUUAUGGAAGAACGAUCCAAGAUGGCAGUGUCGCAGCGGUGGCUGGGCUAUGGAGGAAUGGAGCUGGCUGUGGUGCAUGCUAUCGGGUUAGGUGCACUUUACCUGGACUCUGCAAUCACAAUGGAGCAAUAGUGUUAGCAACAGACUAUGGUCAGGGAGACAGAACAGACUUCAUCAUGAGCCCACGUGCCUUUGCAAAAUUGGGACGAGACGCAAAAGCAUCUGCAGAGCUUGCCAAAUACGGUGUAGUGGAUAUUGAAUUUGAAAGGGUGUCUUGUAAAUACCCUGGUCAAAACAUCAUGUUUCAUGUCCAAGAAAGUAGCAAUAACCCUGGCUACUUCGCUGUUGUGCUUCUCUAUGUAGAUGGAGCAUACGAUGUCUCUGCUGUUGAGAUGUACCUGAAAAACACCAAAGAAUGGAUGCCCCUGCGCAGGGUCUAUGGGGCAGUGUUUGACUAUCAAAACCCACCAAGUGGUGAAUUCUAUUUAAGGUUCCAAGUGAGUGGCAGUGCUGGGGUUUACUGGAAGCAGUCCAAGAUUCCUAUCCCUGGAAAUUGGAAGGCCGGAGCUACUUAUGACAGCAAGGUCCAGAUUUAA